AUGAAAGGGCGUGGGAAAGCUAUGUUCUUGUGGGCGGGGAUGACGCUAUUGCUUUUUAGUGGGAGGGGGGAAGGGAAGGCAGAAGGUUGCACCUUGAGAAGGUAUGAAGUAGACGGAAGAGAGGAGGAUAUUCAUGCCGUGAUAGUAAACGCUGAUGAAUUUGCGAACGGAAAUUACAAGUGGAUGUUAUGCAACAACAGCGGAAGGAGGGAAGGUGGAAGUGAAUUGUUGUGGUUUUGUGGUACUUCAAGUAACAAUAAUCCGACAAGCCUCAUAACCAGCAAAUUCAACUGGAGCGGUGAAGUGGGUGACGUAACUGUUUGCAAAGCGAAGGUAGAUAGUUCAGUGAGGCUUCUUAAAGAGCAGGUGGCGCAACUGCAGCAGCAAAUUGAGGAGGCGAAGGAGGAGCAUGCGAGACUUCAAGAAGGGAGUACACGGGAGGUUCAAGAAAAGAAGAAGUGCCAAAAGGAAAUGAAAACGAUGUCACAAGAGGAUGGUAAGAUACGGGACCUCACGAACGAAAGUGCACGGCUGGACACACUUUCGGAAAAAGAGGCAACAGAGUGCAAAAAAAAAAAGCUACAAAAGCAAGUGGAAUACGACCUUGAACUAGAAAGAAUGGACAAAGAAAUCGAAAGUGUGAAGAAAGCAAUAGAACUGAAGGAACAACAGCUGGAAAAACUUGGAAAUAAUAAUUGUCCCGCAUGUGACGCUGGGACUUGUUGGGAUGAUGUGCACAUAAAGGAAAAUUUGGAUAAAUUAUAUGGAAAAGAUGGAUGGACAAAAUCAGGUGUUAAAUGCGGGGCGCCACAUGAGGAUACUGAAGGGAAUAAUUCAAAAUAUAAUGAAAACAUGUAA